CACGAUCGGAGUAGUAUUAAAGGGAGUUGCAGCUGCGGGCGCAGGGCAAGGUCAACCUCGCGUCGCGCCACGUCCCCCUCAACCGUCGGCCUCGACGCGGCGAAGCAAUCCAUAGCCCACGACUCUAUAGCUAGCUCGCUCCGGCGACGGCGACCACCACCACAGCUGGCGGCGGGAGGGAUAUGGCGGAGAAGAGGCUGCUGCUGCUGCCGGUGGCGCUGGCGAUGGCGCAGAAGCAUGGGGGAGGAGGGGAGAGGGUGUGGGCGCGGCCGUGGAGGUGGGCCAAGACGGCGUUCUUCGUCGUCGCCAUGAUCGCGUCGCUGCUGCUCGUCUGCGCGCCGCCGGUGCUCGUCGUGAUACUCGACCUCGCCCUCCCGCCCGCGCUCCUCUCCGCGCGCCUCCGCGGCGGCGGGGGCGGGGACGACGCGUCGUUCGUGGCGGCCGUCGUCGCGCAGGCGCGGGCGUUCGACUUCCGCUCGUCGCUCGUCGACCUCCUCGCCGUCUCCGCCGCGCGCGCGCUGCUCAUACUCGGCGCGUACAUGGCGUGCGGCGGCGGAGGCGCGGCGUACCUGUGGGUGGUGGCGACGAGCGCGGCGGGGUCGGUGUCCUACGUGCUGGCCAAGGCCGCCGCCGCCGUGCUCCCGCGCCGCGGCGUCGCGCCGGCACCGGAGGGGAAGGGCCCGGAGCCCAUGCUCCUGCUGUCGGUUGCGCUCGCCGCCGCGCACCUCGCCGUCGCGUACCGCACCAGCUGCCGCGAGCGCCGCCGCCUGCUCGUCUACCGGAUCGACGUCGAGGCGGUUAAAAGGGGGCCAUCAAACAAAGCAGUGUAGUGUCUGAGUCUGACAUUGUGAGAAGAUACACGUAUACAGAUACACAGAUUUUUUUUUAGUGAUUUUCUUCUAGGAAAAUUUUUGGUCUUAGUUCUGCUUUGUGAUGUACACUCCAACGCAUGGCAUGCUGUAACAAGUGAAUCAUACGUACAUUGUAAAUAUGAAACAGUCUCUUCGUAGUUCGGCCUCCUGAAAAUGCAUUUGCAGGACGAGCCGUGUUGAUGAACUCCUUGUUCAGUCUUCUUUCCUGUCCUACUAUUUGCAAUAUAGAAGUUGUGAUUGAUAAUUUGAUAUGGUACCCAAUUCUUCCAA